AUGGGGUGGAACACCUGGAACCACUUCUACUGCGGGAUCAGCGAGGAAGUCAUCAGGGAGAUAGCUGAUGCAUUGAUCAACACUGGCCUCGCGAAAUUGGGCUACAAAUAUGUUAACAUCGAUGAUUGCUGGGCAGAAUUGAACAGGGAUUACCAGGGUAACCUGGUUCCAAAUAAAAGAACAUUCCCCUCUGGCAUCAAGGCGCUUGCAGAUUAUGUGCACGCCAAAGGGUUGAAGCUCGGCAUCUACAGUGAUGCUGGGACACAAACAUGUACUAAACAAAUGCCAGGAUCGCUCGAUCACGAAGAGCAAGAUGUGAGGACGUUCGCGUCUUGGGGAGUUGAUUAUCUGAAGUACGACAACUGCAACGAUGCUGGGAGGAGCGUCAGGGAAAGAUACACUAGGAUAAGCAACGCCAUGAAGAAAUACGGGAAGAACAUCUUCUUCUCAAUCUGUGAGUGGGGAAUCGAAAACCCUGCUACAUGGGCACGUGGCAUGGGUGGUAAUAGCCGGAGGAAAACCGCGGACAUUGCUGACAACUGGGACAGCAUGACAUCACGCGCGGACCAGAAUGACAGAUGGGCCUCCUAUGCCGGACCUGGCGGAUGGAGUGAUCCUGAUAUGCUUGAAGUUGGAAAUGGUGGGAUGUCCGAAGCUGAGUACCGCUCGCACUUCAGCAUCUGGGCACUUGCCAAGGCUCCUCUUCUGAUCGGGUGCGACGUGCGCUCGAUGAGCCCGCAGACAAAGAACAUAAUCAGCAAUUGGGAGGUCGUCGCUGUCAACCAAGGCAAGCAUUCUCUUGCACAUAGACUAGGCGUGCAGGGAAAGAAAGUGCAAUCCGAUGCUGGUUUGGAGGUUUGGGCCGGACCGCUCAGCGGCAACAGAAAGGCCGUGGUUCUAUGGAAUAGGUAG